GAGCCACCAUUGGUCAACAUCCCAGAGGAAACAAUAAGAGAAGCUUUGAGGGUUGUCCUUGAUGAAAAGAACCGCCCUCUGUUAAUUCACUGCAAAAGAGGAAAGCACCGAACCGGUUGUCUUGUGGGGUGCCUCAGAAAAUUACAGAAGUGGUGCCUUACUUCAAUUUUUGAUGAGUACCAAAGAUAUGCUGCUGAGAAAGCUAGAGUAUCAGAUCUGAGGUUCAUGGAGUUGUUUGACAUAUCUGGCUUCAAGCAGCCACCGACAUUCUGUUCACAUAUCAAGAAUUAAAUGGAUAAAAUGUACAGUACGAGAGGCAAUUUUGGUUUUCAUUUUUAGCUGAAUCAAUAUUUUUGAGUCCACUGCCAAGAGUAUUGGAUUCCUUCAUAUGAACUUUGUGUAUGUUUUUUCUCUAGUAUCCAAUUCUUCUUAUCAUUUGGACAUAGUCUCUCUUUGUAGAAAGUAGAUGGCAUCUAUUAGAUAUUGCUAUGGCCUAUGAUAAAGGGUCUCCUCCUUUACCGAUUUCUUUUGUGUUC